CGUCCAAAACCUGCCCCCAUCGCCGUCCCUUUACGGCAGCACUAUCCCUUUAAAAGGCGGCCGGCGGGCGGCGGCGGCGGUGACGGCCGGGGCCAUCGCCUGCCCGCCGGGUUUUCCCCCCCUUCCUGCCGGUCCGUCGCUCGCAGCCCGUUAAAAAGAGGAGGCAAGAUGGCCGAGCUGGGCAGCAAGGGGGUCACGGCCGGGAAAAUCGCCAGCAACGUCCAGAAGAAGCUGACCCGUGCGCAGGAGAAGGUCCUUCAGAAGCUUGGUAAAGCAGAUGAAACAAAAGAUGAGCAGUUUGAACAGUGUGUGCAGAACUUCAACAAACAGCUGUCUGAAGGCACGAGGCUGCAGAAGGACCUCCGAACUUACUUGGCCUCUGUCAAAGCUAUGCAUGAGGCCUCCAAGAAGCUGACAGAGUGUUUGCAGGAAGUUUAUGAGCCAGACUGGCCUGGGAGAGACGACACAAAUAAAAUAGCAGAGAACAAUGAUCUCCUAUGGACGGAUUUCCAUCAGAAGCUGGUGGAUCAAGCACUUCUGACCAUGGAUACAUACCUUGGCCAAUUUCCAGAUAUAAAAUCUCGUAUCGCAAAGCGAGGGAGGAAGCUUGUGGAUUAUGACAGUGCCAGACACCACUUUGAAGCCCUGCAAACCGCAAAGAAGAAGGAUGAAACCAAAAUUGCAAAGCCUGUUUCGCUGCUUGAGAAAGCUGCGCCUCAGUGGUGUCAAGGGAAGCUACAAGCUCACCUCGUUGCACAAACUAAUCUGCUCCGAAAUCAGGCUGAAGAAGAGUUAGUAAAGGCUCAGAAGGUGUUUGAAGAGAUGAAUGUUGAUCUGCAGGAGGAGCUGCCUUCACUGUGGAAUAGUCGUGUUGGUUUCUAUGUCAACACAUUCCAGAGUAUAGCUGGCCUAGAAGAGAACUUCCAUAAAGAAAUGAGCAAGUUGAACCAAAAUCUUCAUGAUGUCCUGCUGGGUCUAGACAAGCAGUACUCAGGCAAUGCCUUCCCUGUUAAAGCACAGCCCAGAAAGAAAACUAAACUGUUCGCCAGGCUGAGGAAAAAGAUGAGCAGGUACCGUGACAGCACCCCAGCGAAAGCAAAUAAAAGUCCCUCGCCUCCACCAGAUGGAUCUCCCAUCACCAGCCCUGAGACCAAGACUGUCAACCAUGAGCUGGAACCGUCCACUUUGGAAGCACCUGGGGCAAGCAUCCCAAAGUCACCGUCUCAGUUGAGGAAAGGGCCUCCGGUGCCUCCGCCUCCAAAAGUCACCCCCUCAAAGGAGAUGAAGCAGGAGAACAUCAUCAGUCUGUUUGAUGACAAUUUUGUCCCCGAGAUAAGUGUGACAACCCCUUCGCAGUUUGAUGCCCCUGGGCCCUUCCAGGAGGGAGCCAGCCUGUUGGAUCUGGAUUUUGAUCCCAUUAAACCAGAUGCCACUGUGGGCAAGACCCCCACGCCCGCCUCGCAGUCUUUACCUUGGGAUUUAUGGGAGCCUGCAGAAGCAGCCCAUGCAGGAGCUGAAGCAGCUGGAUCAGAAGCAGCAACUGGAGCUGAAGCAUCUAAACCUGAAGCUGACUCAGGAUCGAGCUCUCUGCCUGCUGUUGUUGUGGAAACUUUCCCUGCAACCGUCAAUGGCACUGUGGAAGGAGGUGCUUCAUCUGAGAGAGCUGACAUGCCCCCAGGAUUUCUGUUCAAGGUCCAGGCCAUGCACGAUUACACAGCCACCGACACUGACGAGCUGCAGCUGAAGGCUGGGGACGUGGUGCUUGUGAUUCCAUUUGAGAACCCUGAGGAGCAGCUGGAUGUGGGUGCAACAGCCAUGAACUCAAGACUCUCCAAGCUGCAGAGGGACGAAGGAUGGCUGAUGGGUGUGAAGGAGUCUGACUGGAUCCAGCAUAAGGCGCUUGACCAAUGCCGAGGGGUUUUCCCAGAGAAUUUCACAGAACGGGUGCAGUGAAAGUCCAAGCCCACCAGCUGCAUUUCUGCUGGAAGAAAGCAAGUUUUCUGGUAGAUAAUUGCAAAAGAAUAACGAAAGGAAAAGAAGAGAGAAUUUUGAAGGACUAGAAGCUUGAAAAAAAGUCAACUUAAAGGGUGUGUUCUUCUCAAAGGGCAAGGUUUCAGAAGUUAAUUGAAAUUCAAAGUUGUUAAAAAAUAUACAUAUUAAUAAUAAUAAGGCAAUUCAGAUACCCUCUUCCCCUUUGGUUUAAAUGGCAUUUGGAAUCAAAGGACUGAUGCAGAAGCAACUCAGUGAGGUUCUCCAAGUGCUGCAUUGACUGAAUUGUCAGAUGUCAGUCUGAUUCCUGGAAAGGCAGUAUUUGUUGAACAGCUUGAGAGCAGAAGCUGCAUUUGCUCUUGUGUGGGUUAAUCUGUCUUGUCUUGAAGGUGGCUUGCAUGGCAACCAUAAAAAUUCAGCCUUCCCUACAUCUUCAACUUACAGUAGGCCAAACUUUCUGUUAUGCUGUUGAAAAAGAAAUUUAGUGUAUAGUGUUCACCACUACAAUGUGUGUGUGUGUGUAUUUUAUUUUCUUCCUUUAAAACAAAGUUACAUAAACUGUGAUUUUAUACGUGUAAAGAUAGAAGAAACUACAUGGAAAGGGCAUGAAGAAGGUGAAAUCUGUGAAGCUGUGCUCAGUCCAAAGUUCUUUGAAAUGCGGACCCCUAAAUUCUCACAGAAAUGUUGGCCUGUGAAAUCCUAAGGGGAAUGGACAAAUUCAAGAGGAGAAACAAGACAAACAGAUGCCGUUUGGAUGUCUCUGAAAUUUAGGAGAGGGAAUCCUCUACCACAUACAUCCCCAUCCUCUACACCCCUCCAAAAAACCAAACCUAUUGGUGGUUUCAGAAAAGCUUAGGUUCAUGUAGAUGGAAAAUAGCUCUAAAAUCUACUGGUUAGAAAAUUUGCUUUUAAAGACAGAGAUAAGGGAAUAUUUUUUUUUCUGUAAGAGUAUCAAAGAGAAGACACUGACAAAAAAGAAAUUACUUCUUGUGCUUUUCACUGGCAUUGUUUUUUGUGGAAUUGUAUUUCUUAUUUUCCUUUGAAGAGUUCUGUAAGUGAAGUAUUGUUAGAUCAGCUUUCUCCAGUGCUGUGCUGAUGAUCAAGUUAACUUCUAUGAAAACUGGACUCUUGAAAUGCUCGUUUAAAAUGGCUGUGUGACUCCAUGCUAUUGUAAUGCAUUCAAAAGGAAGGCAAGAAUAUCAAAGUGUCAAUGUCAAGAAGACACUCUUCUGAUGCUGAGUCCUUUCCUUUACCUUUCCUUUGCUUCUGUUUGUUUUCAGAUUUUGGGUUUUUUUUGUUUUUGUUUUGUGGGGUUUUUUUGGUUUUUUUUUUUUUUUCAUUUUAGACAAGCAGAUGACAAGGCUGUUUCUAAGUGCUUAUUACACUUGUUAAUAUAAGCCGGUCUGACUCUCCAAGACUCUAAAGUCCCACAAAGGUACUUUAUAAACUUUACUUGAAUACUGAUGCAGCUGUCAAGCAAGUCAGGCUAUUUUAAUUUUUUACAGCUUCCCCUCCUCCCCCAUGGCUGUUUUGCCCUGAAAGGAUUUUUAACAGUGAGGUUACACUAUGCUCAGGAUCUCUCUGAAAUAAUCUUCCAAACUGGUAGGAGUUGGUUUUUGUCAAAGCUGCACAAAAUGCUGGCAGAGUACUAAUAAUCUCACCUUUUCCAAUCUGUUUGGAUUAUUUGUAGAACAACAGAAAAAACAUUGUAGGUCAAAAAUUGUGUUUUUUUUUUUUUAAAAAAACCCUUAGUUUGGAGGAACAGAUCUGAUUUUGAUGAGAAAAGAUAUAGAUGCAAGCAUUGUUGGAGUUCCUCUCGCUUUCAGCUUGGGAGAGAUGAUCCAAGCUAGUUAUUUACAGCAAUGUAACAGACAUUAAAUCUGUCCUAUAUACCCAAAUCCCUUCUCCUUUUUAAAAGAAAAAAAUAUGCAGGAAUUUAUUUUGCAUCACUGUUAGAAACCCCAAUAGUAUUUAGGAGUAACUGCUCACAAUACCGAAGGACUGGACUCCACAAAUUAUAGUAUGGUGAGCUGUUGCUUUAGAAUGCUGCCCUGUUUGACUAUUUGUUCCUUUUUCAUCAGGGUUGUCUUUAUUAUUACUCUUUUUUGUUUUUCAAAAUAUCUAUUUUUAUGCAUUUGUGACUCCCAUUACUCCUUUAAAGAUUAUUCAUAUAAAAAUAUACAUUUAAAUAUACAUAGAAAUAUAUAUAUAUUAAAAAGCGGGUUGAUCCAAUUAACAUAAUGCUGUCAGCUUAAAAUGUUUAUUUUUAUGCAAAAACUGUGGAUAAUAGCUUUUUUUUUUUAAAAAAAAAAGAAGGACAAGAUUCUAAGUUACCAGAGCUGUGAUUUUUGUCUUGUAACUAUUCUAGACCAUUUAGAAAGCUGUGCUGAUACCUAAUUUAUUGUGGUGUU